AUGGCAUCACCAUCGUUUCAACUGUGCUUUGUGUUGCUAUUGCUUGCAGCAGUAUGUGCAUCUGCAGUGCAUCCUAGAGAAUUAACCAGACUUACCAGAUUUGGUGGGGUAAAAAGAUUUGCUGCAAGCGAAUUCUCUUAUCAACUCCCACCAGAAUAUGAAAUACAUUAUUACACCCAGACACUCGAUCAUUUCAACUACAAUCCGGAGAGUUAUGCUACGUUUCAGCAGCGAUAUAUAUUGAAUUUUAAGUACUGGGGUGGGGCUAAUACCAGCUCCCCUAUCUUUGUUUAUACUGGCGAAGAGGUAGAUGUAACCUAUGAUGUUGAUACCAUUCUGCAUCUUGCUGCUCGCUUUAAAGCUUUGCUAUUGUAUAUAGAGCAUCGUUACUAUGGAGAAUCAAUGCCUUUUGGAUCAGAAGAUCAAGCAUUCCAGAAUUCAAGUACUCUUGGUUACUUGAGCUCAGAACAAGCUUUAGCAGAUUAUGCACAAGUAGUAACAGAUGUUAAGAAGAAAUUAUCAGCAGAAAAUUGCCCAGCAAUUGCAGUUGGAGCAUCUUAUGGUGGAAUGCUCGCGGCCUGGUUUCGUCUAAAAUAUCCUCACAUUGUCAUUGGUUCUUUGGCAUCAUCCUCCCCCAUACUCUACUUCGAUGAUAUCACACCACAAAAUGGAUAUCACGUUGUUGUCACUAAGGAUUAUAGAGAUACUAGUGAGAGUUGUUACAACACAAUAAAACAGUCCUGGUCUGAGAUUGACAGGGUUGCUGCCCAACCAAAUGGGCUAUUGACACUCAGCAAUAUGUUCAAUACUUGCAGCCCUCUGAACUCGUCCACAGAGCUCAGGGAAUACCUGGAAAUCUUGUAUGUUAGCGCAGCUCAGUACGAUAAUCCUCCAUAUAAUCCAGUCCAGAACACUUGCCGUGGCAUUGAUGGAGCACCGCCAGGAACCGAUAUUCUUGGCAGAAUCGUAGCAGGUCUCAAAAGUAGAAUUCCUAGCUGGUCUUCAUGUUAUGAUGUACCUACAUGGGACCUAAGCAACAAGAGUGCUUGGGAUUGGCAGACAUGCACUGAGAUGGUGUUUCCAAUUGGAUAUGGUUACAAUGAGACAAUGUUCCAACCAUCCCCUUUUGAUAUAAACAACUAUACGGAAGCGUGUGUUCAGGUUUUUGGUAUUAAGCCAAGACCUCAAUGGGCGACAACAGAAUUUGGUGGUCACGAUAUAAAAACUGUAUUAGGAAAUUUUGCAAGCAACAUCAUUUUCGCCAACGGACUACGCGAUCCAUGGAGUGCAGGAGGAGUUCUAGAAGACAUAUCAGACACUGUCGUUGCCGUCUAUACAGAAUAUGGUGCCCACUGCUUGGACUUGUAUCCCCCUACUCCAAAUGAUCCUGACUGGCUGGUCGAACAGCGAGAUAAAGAGAUCAAAAUCAUCGCAGCUUGGAUUGCAGAGUACUAUGCCAAGCUUUCCACCAAGUAGAAUUGGAUAAAACCAUUCGUAUUUAUACCUCGCUGACAAGGAUCUAAAUUGUACUGAAUAGUACAAUGAAAUUUUAUUUUUGCUUUGUUUGAUAUGAGCAGAAAGUUAAAUAUGAAAGUUAGUCCUAUUGAAUCUU